GCAGUGGUUUAUUUGAUUGUUUCUCCUAUUCCACCCCAAAUCUGAACUGAACCCAAAUCUUGCUUCUACUUCCCAACUUCACAUCUGGGUUCUGCUCUCCACGCCUGUUUCUGCCCUUCACUCAAAGAUGACUAAGCUUUAAUGCUCUAACUGGUGUUGGACAACUGGAUUCUACAAUGGAAAAACGUAAAUGGUUGUGGAAGAAAAGACCCUCUGAGAAGAGCCCUGGUGAAACUGAGAGUUCUGGUUCAAUAUCUUCAUAUUCUGGGAGAUACUCUGAUCAGCAGGAGGCUUUCAAGACAUCUCCUAAUAAUAACACUCAAUCUCCUGAAGUCUCCUCAGCAGCUUCAGCAAACUGUGAAGAUGUUGAUGAUAGUGUAAAGAGCCUGACAGAGAAAUUAUCAGCUGCUUUGGUAAAUAUCAGUGCCAAAGAAGAGCUGGUGAAGCAACAUGCCAAAGUUGCUGAAGAAGCUAUUGCAGGUUGGGAAAAGGCUGAAAAUGGAGUGCAGGUAUUAAAGAAAAAACUUGAGGCUGCAACCCAGAAAAACUCAGCACUAGAAAAUCGGGUGAGUCAUCUUGAUGGAGCUCUGAAGGAAUGUGUCAGGCAGCUAAGACAAGCAAGAGAGGAGCAGGAGCAGAAGAUCCGUGAUGCUAUCACAAAGACAACGCGUGAUUGGGAAACUACCAAAUUUGAACUUGAAAGCAAGCUUCUUGAGCUCCAGAAAAACGCUGAAUCUGUUAAGCCUGUGCCCUCUACCCACUCUAGUCCUGAUAACUUACGUAAGAUUGAAACUUUAGAGAGAGAAAAUUCAGCCCUCAAGAAUGAGCUCCUAUCUCAAUUAGAGGAGUUAGAAAUGAGAACAAUUGAAAGGGACUUGAGCAACCAGGCAGCUGAAACAGCUAGUAAACAACACUUGGAGAGCAUAAAGAAGGUAGUAAGGCUUGAGGCAGAAUGCCGAAGACUUAAAGCAAUAGCUUCUAAAGCCUUUGUUAAUGAUCGUAGAACCACUGCUGCCUCCUCAGUUUACGGUGAAUCUCUCACUGACAAUCAAUCAGACUAUGGGGAACGGCUUAAUGCAGUGGAUAUUGAUAUCCACAAGAGGAGUUGCUUGGACUCAUGGACAUCAGCCCUAAUUACUAAACCUGACCGAUUUAGAAAUGAAAAGGUCAAUGAUAGAAGUUUCCCAUCCUCAAUUGACAUCACUCUAAUGGAUGAUUUUCUUGAGAUGGAGCAGCUGGCUGCAAUCCAUGAGACCAAGAACGAAAAUCAAUGUGUAGAAGCAAAAACCACUUCCAAACAUUCUGAUGAUGAUGAGAGCUCAUUACGAGCUGAGCUUGAAGCCAUGGUUCGUCUCAUGGCUGAACUAGAAGAUAAGUUGGAGAAAAUGGCAAUGGAGAAGGCUGAGCUACAAGAGAAGUUGGAGAGGAUGGAAACAGAGAAGGCUGAACUAGAGAUUGAUCUAACCAAAAGACAAGAAAGUGUUGAAGCAUCAGAACUACAGUUAAGAGAGAUUCAAAUGAGGUUGGAGGAGUUGCAAAAGGAGUUGGGUAUGGCAAAUGAGUCAAAGCAGCUUCUUGAGUCCCAACUUAUUAGCUUGGAAAUGGAGACUCAGACGAUGUAUGCAAAGAUUAACUUUUUAGAAGCUGAAGUUGAAAGGGAAAGAGGUUUGGCAAAAGAAUCAAAGCAGCUCAUUGAAUCCCAACUUGUUAGCAUGGAAGCGAAAACUCGGAUGAUGUCUGCGAAGAUUAACUUAUUAGAAGCUGAGGUUGAAAAGGAAAGAGAUUCAUCAAAGCAAAUCACAGUCAAGUGUCAGGAAUUGGAGGAAGAGCUGUCUAGAAAGAGACAGGAAGCUGAGCUCCAGCAAGCUGCAUGCACGGUGGAAACUCAGACGAUGUCUGCAAAGAUUAAUUUAUUAGAAGCUGAAGUUGAAAGGGAAAGGACUUCAUCAAAGAAAAUCAUGGUCAAUUGUCAGGAAUUGGAGGAAGAGCUGUCUAGAAAAAGACAGGAAGCUGAGCUGCAGCAAACUUCAAACUCUAAUGUUGAUAUGAAAAUAAAACAGGAGGACAUUGCUGUAGCUGCUGGAAAGCUUGCUGAGUGCCAAAAAACAAUUGCAUCUUUAGGCAAGCAACUGAAAUCUCUUGCAACUCUGGAAGAUUUUUUCUUGAUUGACUCUACAAGCUUACCAGAGCUGGAGUUCCCUGCGGCAGGAAGCAGGGCUGGAGGAUCUUUGAUUCCUGGAGCUGCUGGAGAACCAUGGAAAUUACAUUCUAAUGAAACAUUUCCACCCAGAGGAGCCUUCAAUGCCCCAAAAAUGGUCGGUGACAGUUCAGCUCCUUCAGAAAUUAAGAAUAAUGGGGACUCACCACCAUCUUCGUCCUCAUCCUCAUCAACAUUCUCUUCAAAUCACGCCAGUUCUGAGAAUAACCGAAAUGGAUUUGCAAAGUUUUUCACUCAAAGUAAGGAGGGUAUUCAGCUGGAAAUUUAAAAAAGUUGGAUCAGCUAGAGAAACCUGUAAUUUGUUUUUCAUUUAAUAAAUACAGAUUAAAUGCUGUUUAAUCACCAGUAGUUAGAUCAAGAUACAUUUUUGCUCAUUUAUACUUGAAAUGGUGGUCCAGCAAUACAAAUGUUUUUGGUUA